CUGUGUGUGUUUUCCUCUGCCCAUUUUCACAUCACUGGUAUGUUCAAGUUUGCUAUAUUCUCUUAAAAUGGUGUUUUACUAAACGGUUUAAAGACACUUUUUUCGUUAAAUGUGGAGGUGGGCAGUCCUGUUGGGGCGGAAGUGGCUGCAUUAGCGCCAGGCGAGCUAAUAUUCCCGGUUACUCUGGUCUUUAGACAUCAAAACCCGUCCUGAUGUCUCUCAGCGCGGUUAACGGGACCCUGUCGGACCUGAGGUCCUGUCAGGGGGACCUGGGGACCGGCAUGGACAUCGUGACGGACGUGGCCAUAGACCUGGCAGAGACUCAGGAUGAGGAGUUGAAAGCUGGCUUUGCAGAGAUGGAGGCUACGAUUCUUGAGUGUGCCAAACUGGACAGGGAGAUCAGCUACUUUGUGGACACUGUGGAACGAGCCAUUCAUGAGCUCCCUGCACAGGAGCCCGAGGCCAUGUUCAGCCUUUCUGACAAAGUGAAGGAGAAGUUCUCACGGAGAAUUGCUAACCUUUCGGAUACGGAGUUGCAAAAGCACCAGAAGGUGGUUGCUUUCAAGGAAAGCAUCAACAACAUUCUGAAACAAGCCAACCAACAUACGGAGAAUAUGGAGGAGCUGGAUGAGGACAUUGCUGUUACACAGAGCAACGUCCUACUCACCUGCCCACUCACACAGGUGGAAAUGGUGAAUCCAGUAAAGAAUAAGAAGUGUAACCACUACUAUGAUCAAGAAGCCAUUCUGGGCCUGAUCAGAACAAGAGUCAGCCAGAAGAAGAAGUGUGGCUGUCCUGUGGUGGGCUGCGGGAACAGAGAUGUGAAGCAGUCGGACCUCAUCCCCGACCAGAUACUGAGAAGACAGAUCCAGAGCCAGAAAAGGCAAAAUGACAGGACAUAGCUACUGUGUUUUAGUCAUCAUUAAUCAUAUAUAUGGUGCCUUGGGAAUUCCCCUCAUACUGAGAGCAGUAUAUUUUGACCCUAUUACAUCAUUAUUAUAAUAAUAAUGCUACUAAUAAUUAUAAUAGUAAUACUAUAAUGCCACAGUAUGCAGGUACCUUUGUGGAAACCUCAGAAAUGCAUCACCCAGUUCAAUCUCUGAUUUAAGGUGGUGAGGUGUUUUUAUUCUCCCUCCAGUGUUUUCAUCUUUUU